AUGUCUUGGAACUGGAACAGCCACGGGUUACCGUUCUUACCUGGAUACACUUUCCGGGAUGUGACGAAGUCGGCCUUCCAUCGAUCCCAGACUCUCAACUACAAGAACGGCUUCCCUCUGCCGCGUCGCCCGACUGUCGGCAUCGGACAGGAUCCUCUUCUGUCAGAGCAGCUGAGCCAGCAGGAGGUCAACACGCUGACCUUUCAGAUACCUGACGUGAGGUUUGAAUCCCUUUACAAGAGACCACCUCAAGACUUCGUACCAGCUCACGUGGCCUUAGACAAGAAGGUGCUGCGGUUCUAUGCAUACUUUCAGGAGGACGUCCUGUUUUCACCUAACGAGCAGUACCGCGUGCGCCCUGUGAUGAUAUACUUCUACCUGGAGGAUGACAGCAUGCUCCUCUAUGAGCCCACAGUGGAGAACUCUGGGUUAGCGCAGGGGAAACGGCUGAAGCGGCAGCGUGUGCCCAAGAAUGAACGUGGAGACCAUUACCAGUAUAAAGACCUCAACCUUGGCAUAGACCUGGAUGUGUACGGGGUCAAUUACCACAUCACACACUGUGAUGAGUUUACAACGGAGUUCAUGGAAAGUGAGGGCAUUGUUUUGAACGACCCUCAGCCGAUGCCAGUUGACCCUUACAGCAAAAGUCGUGAAAUCCCUGAGCCUGCCCACACCACGACCUCCGAUUGCGACCCCUACCACCAGUUUCUCACUUUGGACGGCAAGGUGCUGUGUUUCUUCGCCCUGUGGGAUGACGCUGACUCACUGUACAAAGAAACCAGGACCGUUACCAUCCACUAUUUCCUUGCGGACGACACAGUGGAGAUCAGAGAGGUCCAUGAACCCAACAGCGGUCGUGAUCCCUUCCCGGUCGUGAUGCGCCGACAGAGGCUGCCCAAGCAUCUCAAACCACGGCCCUUCCCCAGCUGUGUGCUGGAGGUCUCAAAGCACGAGGUGGACGAGUACUUCUCACCCACAGACUUCCAGCUGGGUCACACAGUGAAGCUGCGCGGCCGUCCCUUCAUGCUCUACGACUGCGAUGACUUCACUAAAGAGUUUUUCCAGACCAACCACCCUGACAUGGAGAUGAAACCCAUUGAAGUUCCAAAGAAGGUUAACGUGCAUCACGACAGAAAGAGGGAGGUUCCUCCCUACAAUGGCUUUGGGUCCCUUGAAGAUUCUCUUCAGAAUUGUUUGUCCCUGAUCCCAGCGCCUCCGAGGAAGGAUGUGAUGAAGAUGCUGGAGAACAACCUCAAAGUGUUGCGCUACGGUGCCACAAUGGACUCACAAAAUCCGUCAGACGAAGGCCGACAUUUUGUUAUGACUUACUUCUUGUCCAACGACAUGAUCAGUAUUUUUGAGAAGCCCACUCGCAACUCGGGGAUCAUCAGUGGAAAGUUCCUGGAAAAGACGCGCAUCCCCAAGCCGGGCUCUACUGUGGAUGAUCCUGAGUUCUACUCACCUGCAGACUUUGCUAUUGGAGCCACGGUGGAUGUUUUCGGCCACCGCUUUGUGCUGACCGAUGCCGACCAAUACGUCCUCACAUACCUGGAGUCCAUAUCAAGUCAGAUCCCUUCUGAGACGCUGGACUCUGUGCGUCAGAAGCUGGCUGAAGGGGACGUGAAUAACCAGCCAGGUGACCAACAUGGCUAA